CCAUUGGGGUGUCCCACGUGUUGGGGUAUCCCCUGUGGGAGUUCCCUUGUGCUGGGGUAUUCUCUGUAUGUUGGAGUCCCUCACGUGUUGGUGUCGUGCUGUGGGCAGAGGAAGCCUGUCCCGCUCCGUGUCGGGGGUGCUGCUGCCGGCCCCUGCGGCCUGCCCAGGAGGAGCGGGGCUGUGCAGCCUGACACUGAAGAAGCUAGUGGUCUUCAAGGGGCUGGAGAAGGAGCUCAUCUCCGUGGUGAUUGCGGUCAAGAUGCAGGGCUCCAAGCGCGUCCUGCGGUCCCAUGAGAUCGUGCUGCCCCCCAGUGGACACGUGGAGACAGACCUGGCCCUGACCUUCUCGCUGCAGUACCCCCACUUCCUGAAGAGGGAGGGCAACCGGCUGCAGGUCAUGCUGCAGCGCAGGAAGCGCUACAAGCACCGCACCAUCCUGGGCUACAAGACGCUGGCCGCCGGCUCCAUCGACAUGGCCGAGGUGCUACAGCACCCCCCUGAGGGCGGCCAGGUGCUGGGCUUGUGCAGCGACGUGAAGGAGGCCGCCGUGCGGGUGGCCGAGAUCUGGAUCUUCUCCCUGUCGAGCCAGCCCAUCGACCACGAGGACAGUGCCAUGCAGGCCGGCCCCAAGGCCAAGUCCACAGACAACGACUCCGAGGAGGAGGACGAGAGCUUCUCCUCCGAGCAGGACGCCAGCGACGACGCCGCGCAGGGCCAGGACCUGGAUGAGGACGACUUUGACGUGGGGAAGCCCGGGAAGCAGCGGCGCUCGAUAGUAAGAACGGCGUCCAUGACCAGGCAGCAGAACUUCAAGCAGAAGGUGGUGGCUCUGCUGCGGAGGUUCAAGGUGUCCGACGAGGUGCUGGACUCGGAGCAGGACCCCGCGGAGCGUGUCCCUGAGGUGGAGGAGGACCUGGACCUCCUGUACGAUGCGCUGGACGCGGACCCCAGCGACAGCGGCCCCGACAUGGAGGACGACGACAGCGUCCUCAGCACCCCAAAGCCGAAGCUCAGGCCGUACUUCGAGGGCCUCUCACACUCCAGCUCACAGACAGAGGUGGGGAGUCUCCACAGCACCCGCAGCCAGAGGGCGCCCCCGAGCCCGGCUGACGUGCCAGAGAGGACGCGGGCCCCCGGGAGCCGGCCCCCAAGCGACAGCACCUCCGACUCUGUGGCUCACAGCGCCCCCCCGGCCCCCGGGGAGCAGCCGGCGCAGCCCGAGGACAGCCCCGGGGUGGACAGCUGUCCCCUGGACGUAUUCUCCGAGCGGCUGCCGCCCAGCGGGCGCGUCACGAAGACCGAGUCGCUGGUCCUACCCUCCAGCAGGGCCGAGGGGAAGCCGGCCGGCCGCCGGGGCCGCAGCACCUCCCUGAAGGAGCGGCAGCCGGCUCGGCCGCAGAACGAGCGGGCCAACAGCCUGGACAGCGAGCGCUGCCCGGACCCGCGGAGCCCACUGCAGAUCCCCCGGAAGACUGUGUACGACCAGCUGAACCACAUCCUGGUCUCCGACGAGCAGCUCCCCGAGAACAUCAUCCUGGUCAACACCUCGGACUGGCAGGGGCAGUUCCUGUCCGACGUGCUGCAGCGGCACGCGCUGCCCGUGGUGGGCACCUGCUCGGCGGCCGACGUGCAGGCCGCCUUCAGCACCGUCGUCUCCCGCAUCCAGAGAUACUGCAACUGCAACGCGCAGCCUCCCGCGCCCGUGAAGAUCGCGGUGGCCGGGCCGCAGCACUACCUCAGCGCCGUGCUGCGGCUGUUCGUGGAGCAGCUGACCCACAAGACGCCAGACUGGCUGGGUUACAUGCGCUUCCUGGUCAUCCCGCUGGGCUCCCACCCCGUCGCUCGCUACCUGGGCUCCGUGGACGACCGCUACAACGACUUCUUCCAGGACCUAGCCUGGCGGGACCUGUUCAACAGGCUGGGCGCCCAGAGCGCAGUGCAGGACACGCCUGACAUCGUGUCGAGGAUCACGCAGUACAUCUCGGGGGCCAACUGCGCCCACCAGCUGCCCAUCGCGGAGGCCAUGUUGACCUACAAGCAGAAGAGGAAAAGGAACUUCCACUUUGACUUUGCUCUCAGCCCAGACGAGGAGUCCUCCCAGAAGUUCGUCCCCUUUGUUGGGGUGGUGAAGGUUGGGAUAGUGGAACCCUCCUCGGCCACCUCAGGUGACUCAGAUGACGCGGCCCCCUCGGGCUCCUGCGUGCUCUCGUCCACCCCACCAUCCACGUCGCCUGCAGCCAAGGAGGCUUCGCCCACCCCGCCCUCCUCCCCUUCGGUGAGCGGAGGCCUGUCCUCCCCCAGCCAGGGCGCCGGCACUGAGCUGAUGGGGCUGCAGGUGGACUACUGGGUCGCAGCCCCGCCUGCGGACAGGAGGAGGGACGCCGAGAAGAGGGACCUGCCGGCUGCCAAGAACACGCUCAGGUGCACCUUCCGGUCUCUCCAGGUCAGCAGGCUGCCCAGCAGCGGUGAGGCUGCAGCCACGCCUACCAUGUCCAUGACUGUGGUCACCAAGGAGAAGAACAAGAAGGUCAUGUUCCUGCCCAAGAAGACGAAGGACAAGGACGCGGAGCCCAAGAGCCAGCGCGUCGAGGGCAUCAGCCGGCUCAUCUGCACGGCCAGGCAGCAGCAGACCAUGCUUCGGGUCCUCAUCGAUGGCGUGGAGUGGAACGACGUCAAGUUUUUCCAGCUGGCCGCCCAGUGGUCGUCCCACGUCAGGCACUUCCCCAUCUGUGUGUUCGGGCACCCCAAGCCCGCCUGCUAGCUGCCCACCCUGUGGCCAGGCCCCUGUGCCCGUUGGUAGCCGUCACCGUGGGACACCCCUUGGCCUGGACAACGGCCUGUGCGCCUGCCCCACAGACCCUUGCCAGCGUCCAGCCCUCUGCUCACCAGCAUGAGACUGGCGGGUGGCUGCCAGGCAAAGGCAGUGUGUCUGGGCCUCUGCCCCAGCGCUCCCGCAACAAGGGGGUCCUUGCCCUUUCAGUCAGCCCCUCCUGGGCGCCAGUGUGCAUCCUGGGGCGCUGGGUACUGGCCACAGGCACAGGGCCGGGACCCUCCUUUGGGCCCAGCACACCUCCCCCCCCAAAAAUAAACUCCAGCCUUGCAGGCAGAUGUGUUAACGCUGUUAAAUAUAGGCCCCGCUCUCCCUGCCAGCACACCACCCUCGAUACCCUCGGGGGCUCUGCACCUCAGGAGGCCCAGCCCUGGCCUUCCAGUCUCCCCUCCCCAACCCCAGGCUUCUCAGCCUUGCCAUCUGCCCCGCCAGGCCCCACAGCAGUGACUGUGACCCCCACACACCCCUCCCAGGGCAGGUGCAGGUCUGGGGGACCCUGGACCUCAGGACAGGUCAUGCCGCCACAGAACACUGGGCAGAGCACGUGGAACCCCAUCUUACCAAGUCCUGGCCCCAGGGACAGGGCCCUGCCCAUCUGAAAGACAUGGGGUGCCCCUUGCUUGCAUCACCAGCCUGGGGCCACGAGGGGAAGUCAAGCUGUGGGCACACUGCUGGGACACACCAGCCCCAAGGGCCACCCCCACCCAGCUGGGUUCUUGCAAAGGCCCCAGCCACGAUCCCUUGGAGGCUGUGCGCACCCCUGUGCCUCAGUUUCCCCAGUAACGCGGGGACGGCCACACUCCCCUGCUACCUCAUGGAGCUGAUCUGAGGAUGAACUGGAAGCACUUGGCCCCUGGAAGGAAGAAAAGCCCCUGAGAUGGGGGACAAAGGUCCCCGCGGCAGCCAGUAGUAAAGGCCACGCCCGGUCCAGACGAUGGGUCUUGCUCACAGCAGGGCUGCCCCACAGGGAGCCGCUCGCCCGCCUUGGGGCCCGAGGCUGGCUGCAGACAAGCCACCUCGUGGCCAGCGCUGGCCCCCAGACAGAGGGGUGCUUUCCUGGCGUCCCUCCCAGACACUUCCUCUGACCGCUCACCACAUGCCCUGUGUGGUUCGGUUCGAGGAUGCGUGCUGCUAGCUUUUUUGUUCCUUUUGUAAUGGAAAACAGGAUUCUUGUAAAUAGCCUUUGGGGGAGCAGAGUCUAAUCUGUCACGAUGGGGCACGUGGACUAUUCGAAGGUGCUGAUGCGACACUAAUAAAUCCAGAGUAGCCUCCCGA